AUGCAACGGUACGAAUCAAAAGGAAGUAUCAUAUCAGUGACCUCAUCGUCUCGAGGUGGUGAAAAAAAAAUUCCACCAACACAUAUGAUUGUUCAACGUGACAAUGAUAAUCAAUUGGUUUUAUUGCCGUUAACUCAUCUGGUUAAUUGUUCAGUAACACGCAUUAAAGUGAAUAGUACUGUAACAUUCAAGAGUGAUCUUACCAACAGAAAACAAGAACGAGGAAUAGUGAUAAUACUAGGAAGCAAAGAAGUAUGUAUGGAACAGUUGCAGGUAUUUGAAAUGGUAGCUGAUAUUGGCUCACAAAAUAUUAUUGAUAAUGACAAUGGUAAAGUAAAUAAAAAUCAAGAACAUGAAAAAAACAAGAAAAGUAAUAUGAACGGCCUAAGUAGUAAUGAAGACGAAGAGGUCUGUGUUUCAUCCAAUGAUUCAUCAACCAAUAACAUACUAUCAAAUGAAUUAGUUAGCAAUUCGGCAACAGUCGUGCCUAAAACAAAAAUAACAAAUUCAUCUACAAAUGAUGUGCACAUUGAUUAUCAAGAUGAACCUACAAGAUCUACAAAAAGUAAAAUAAUUAUAAGUUCUCAAUCUCGAAAUAACAAGAAUAGUUCCGAAAGCAACACAACAACUCUCGAUUCCUCGAAAUUCGAACAAGAAGAACAAGUACAAGAUAUGAACGAUGCCGACAUAGUUUGUCGAUACGAGUUCUUAUCCAAAAAAUGUAAUAAGUUAUCAAAAGAAAAUGCUGAAUUACAACUUGAAUGUGAUCGUUUGACAACAGAAAAUCAAGUUUUGAAACGAACAACAAUGCCAAUACCAGAUGCUGCUGGUCGUCAAUGGAUUAUUAAUAUGGGACAAUUCUUCUCGAGAAAGGUACCUGGUUCAAACAUUGCGAAAUAUGCAACUGCAUUGGGUAUAGAUGAUCCACGAGAUCUAAUUGCCUGCAUAGAAGAUACGACAUCUAAUACAACUCGUCAAGUCAUUCGAUUGUUAUACUCAUCCGACAAGUUAUUAACUAUGAGUGGGACCGAAGUACCUCAAUCACGACGAUCAGCCAUUAGAGCAUUUGCUGAAUCUCAAAAAGGUCCGAUUUCAAAGCAUAAAUUUAACGAAGCUAUUAAUGGUGUCUUUCGAUCGAAAAAAAAUGAGUUCAAGAAUCAACAAUCUGGAAAUUCCAAUAAAUCAAAUAAAAAAAGUGUUUGUCUGAAUACAGGAGAAAAAACUUCGAAACAAGUUUUAAAUAAAAAUCAACAACUGCAAUCAGGUGAUCCAACUUCCGACAAAGAAAAUACGAACGUUCGAAAUAAUCACGAAGAUAAUUAA